UUACUUGAUUCUGCAGUAGCAUUUUAUAAAAUUCGUGUUUAUUCUUAGUGUCAGUGUUAACUUUAAUUAUUUUAGUUAUAUUCGUUUUAGUUUUUAGGCGUUAGUGUACAAGUUCAAAGUAAUAUUAACUUACGUUUAUAGUUUUUUUUUGGUGGUAACUUUGACAUGAAAUGUGUCCUACGUGUGUCCGUCGCCAAGGUUGUCACUUGUUCAAUGUGAGACUGAUUUAGUGAAGUAGUUGAUUGGAGAGGUGUAAAACCAUGUUGCCUAGAUCAUGUGUGCAUUUAUCAAAGUUCCUGUAUGGCUGUGCCAAUCAGACAUCAUGCAAAGUAUCAGAACAUGCAUGCAUUAUGCAUUCAGGUUACGUGCUGCACAACGCCAGCAUCGCCGUCAAGCGACGAGCUCACAGAUCGGCGGGCUGCAGGGUGCUGGUCAGGAGCAGUUGGGUUCUGCCCCACGCCGGGCCCGGCGCGAAGCUGUCCCGGGCGAUCUCGGGCUCCGACGCCCUGCGCGCCGCGGAGGAGCCGAAGGCGGCCGCCGCAAGCGCGGCAGUGCCCCAGGAUAAGGCAGACGGCCAGAAGAAGACCAGCAUACUCAAGGAAGUGGUCAGUAAAGUUCUCCCGAGCAAGAAGCGCAUACCCGUGGACCCCACGGCGUCGUCCUUGGAGCGGAACUUCAUCACCCCCGUGCGGGCGAUGUCAGACUUCUUGUUGAAACCUUCGGAUCUGGAGGGGCUGCGCGUGACCAAGAGGCGGUCUCCGUUCGAGAACACUCCUCCCAUCACCGUCUACUGGAGGAAAGACGUUGAGGCGAAGGCUAUUGAAGUUUGGGGUUCUCGGGAAACUUUGUUGAAGGAAAUAGCUAAACGAGAUGCUGAAAAACGACACUACCAACAGAAUAUUUUCCUAGUAAAGCGGCGUUUGAGAGAAUUUCGACGGGAGCAGCGUACGAAGCAUGCUUCUGAGGACACGUCCGGCCUUUUUGGACCGUCUGGGCGUGUCGUUCUCACUGCAGUGGCAAUAAACGGCAGCAACUUCCUGUUCAAGUUGUUUGCGUGGAUCUACACUGGCUCGCACAGUAUGUUCUCGGAGUGCAUUCACUCGCUGGCCGACACGAUCAACCAGCUGAUCCUUGCCUUCGGCAUCCACAAAUCUGUGCAGUCGGCCGACUCUGACCACCCGUACGGCUACACCAACAUGAAGCACGUGUCUUCGCUGAUAUCAGGAGUGGGCAUCUUCUGCGUGGGCACGGGCCUGUCCAUCUACCACGGAGUCACCGGGCUGCUGCACCCGGGUACCACGGAGCCUUUCUUCUGGGCCUUCUUCAUUCUCGGAGGGUCGCUAGUGUCGGAAGGUGCCACUCUUCUAGUCGCAGUAAACUCCAUUCGUAAAGGGGCAGCUCAGAACCAGAUGACUUUCAGCGAAUAUGUGCUGAGGGGCCAGGACCCGAGCGUGAACGUGGUGCUGCUGGAGGACAUGGCCGCUGUCUUCGGCGUCGGGGUGGCGGCAGUGUGCAUGGGGCUGACGACCUACCUGGGGAGCCACAUCCCGGACGCCGUCGGCUCGCUGCUGGUGGGAGGCAUUCUGGGCGGCGUGGCCUCUUUCAUCAUCUACACCAACGUUGCGGCCCUCGUGGGCAGGUCCAUUCCUCAGGAAAGGCUGGACAAGAUCAACGCGGAGCUGGAGGCGGAUGUGAUGAUCCGCGCCAUCCACGACGUCAAGGGCAUCGACAUGGGGAACAGCCUGGUCAGGUACAAGGCGGAGCUGGACUUCGACGGGCGAGAGCUCACGCGCAGCUACCUGGACAAGCAGGACCUCACCAGCUUGCUGGCGGAGGUGCAGUCCAUGAAAAACAUUGAUGAGUUGGAAGCAUUCAUGUUGAAACACGGUGAAUGUAUUGUGGACAUGAUGGGUGCAGAAAUAGACAGGAUAGAAAUGAAACUGCGGGCGGCCGCACUUUCUCCGAGGCCGGCGGACAGAGCAGCGCUUCCCGGCAGACGGACGGCCAGACCUCCGGGGGAGACAGCGCAAUCUGCAGGGACGUCGCCGCGUCAGCCGCUUCGCUCGUCCGCUCGAGGUGUGUGCCAGAUGGCGCUACCCGCCGUGCUGUUACUGGUCCUGUCAGCGGCGUCUGUCUCGCAGGGACUUCAGCGUCCUCACAUCGUGUUCGUGAUGGCGGACGAUCUGGGCUGGAAUGACGUCGGGUUCCACGGCUCCAAUCAGAUCCCCACCCCGAACAUCGACGCCAUGGCGUACAGCGGCCUCAUCCUCAACAACUACUACGUCACGCCGAUAUGCACGCCUUCCAGAAGCGCCCUCAUGACGGGGAGGCACCCCAUACACAAUGGGAUGCAGCACUCGGUGCUGUACGCGGCGGAGCCCCGGGGCCUGCCCCUGACGGAGAGGUUGCUCCCCCAGCACCUGGGCAGUCUGGGCUACGCCACGCACGCCGUGGGCAAGUGGCACCUGGGCCACUACCGCGAGGAGUACACGCCCACCCGGCGGGGCUUCGACUCGCACCUGGGCUACUGGACCGGCCACCAGGACUACUUCGACCACACCGCCGUCGAGCAGGCCUACUGGGGGCUGGACAUGCGGCGCGGCGCCGAGCCGGCCUGGGACCUGCACGGCCGCUACUCCACCGACGUGUUCACUGAGGAGGCGGUACGGCUGAUAGGCGCGCACAACGCCUCGUCGUCGGGGCCGCUGUUCCUGUACGUGGCGCACGCGGCCGUGCACUCGGCCAACCCCUACAACCCGCUGCCGGCGCCCGACGAGGCCGUCGCGGCCUUCGCCGGCGUCCGGGGCUACGCGCGCCAGCGGUUCGCAGGCAUGCUCUCCAAGCUGGACGACUCGGUGGGGCAGGUGGUCCAGGCGCUGCAGAGAGCCGGGAUGCUGCGCGACACCAUCUUCGUGUUCUCCACCGACAAUGGUGGGCCGGCCGAGGGCUUCAACCUGAACGCCGCCUCCAACUGGCCGCUGCGAGGGGUGAAGAACACGCUGUGGGAGGGCGGGGUGCGGGGAGCCGGUCUGCUGUGGGGCUCGAUGCUGGCCCAGCCGGGCCGAGUGUCCGACCACUUGUUCCACGUGAGCGACUGGCUGCCCACCCUGUACUCGGCCGCGGGCGGCGACCCCAGAACUUUGGGUGAUAUCGAUGGCUUUGAUGCAUGGGGAGCUUUAUCUCAGAAUACCCCCUCCAACAGGACUGAAGUUCUUCACAAUAUCGACGAAAUCAUCGGGAAUGCCGCGUUAACUGUUGAUGAAUGGAAAAUUGUUGUAGGAUCCAGCUACGGCGGCGCCUGGGACGGCUGGUACGGGCCCUCGGGCCGCGACGGGGCGAGCUACGACGUGGACCGGGUGCUGGCGAGCCCUGCUUCGCGCGCCCUGGCGGCGGCCGGCUGGGAGCUCACCGCCGGCAAGAUCCUCGAGCUGCGCGCGCUCGCGCAGGUGCAGUGCAGCAGCAGCAGCAGCAGCAGCAGCAGCAGCAGCAGCUCCAGCAGCACCAGCUCUUGCAAGCCGCUGCAGGCGCCCUGCCUCUUCAACGUGCGCUCCGACCCGUGCGAGAAGCGCAACCUCGCGGACAGGUUCCCCGGGGUGCUGCGUCGCCUGCGUCAGAGGCUGACGGAGCUGAACGCGACGGCGGUGCCGCCCGCCAACCUGCCGUGGGACCCGCGCGCCGACCCGCGGCUCUGGGACCACACCUGGGGCAGCUUCGGCGACCGCGUCGGCAACUCCGUCCGCUGACAACCUCUCCGUCAGCAACUCCGUCCGCUGACAACCUCUCUGCCGGAGACGCCGAAGAGACGCAGUUGAACCCGCCCGCUUGGUUAGAGGGGCGCGUACAGCUGGACUGUGAACCAUCCGUCGUGUUCCGUCCGUCAUCCAUUCACUUGACCUGCAGCCAAUCGUAAUACCAUCCGUUCAUCGAGCUUUAACUAUCGACGGACGGACGGACCUCCAAAAUGUUAGCAAGACGCAUAUUGCCGGCAACCUUUACUAUCUUGAGUCUGUCUUUUUAUUAAGCUACUUCAACUUAAUGUUUUAAAUUUAUGUUUGUACAAAUUUUUGACACUGAAAUUGUUUUAAUAAAUAUCAGAACGAAAAAAAAAUUGAUUUUAAUGAUUUGUUACGUGUUUAGUUUCAUUAUCGUCAAUACAAGAUAAAUGUCCACCACUAUCUAGGCAUUCUAGUCUGUUGGAAGCAUCAAAAAGUAAAAGAAUUUGAUGGACGUACGGAUAAUUGUGAAUCGCUCGGCCUUUUCAAACGGACGGAUAGCGGACGGACGCUAUCAGCGAGGCGGGGAUGAUAAGUGCGACGCUUGAUGUUGCUUCUAGCGCGGUUAUCGCCUGAACUGGCGCGCAGUCAUCUCGUCGGGCCUAGAGAAACUAUGAGAUGUGAGUGGUGAUAGUAACGCUCUAAAAAUUGGAAAUGAAUAUAAAGGUGUAUCGCAAGUCCAUGUAGAGCUUUAAAGUAUCUUUACCGAGAUGUUCAUAUUUAAAAAACAAUCUGAACUAGCACAUUUUAACGAUUUUUACUCUUAAAAACACAGUUAAACAAGGUAAUCCGGAAACUAAACUUCUAAUCUUCUAAAAAGCUUUUCGUAAAAAGACACAACACGAAUAUUACAAUUUUUUAUAAUUCACGUGUAUUCUACUGAAAACUUGCACACACUACUCUGCUUAACCGACAAACAUAGUUUCAGAAAUUUGUCUCCCUUCAGGGCAGACCGUGGAGGCAUUUAUACACUAAGCAGGUAUGCAUUUCAUACUCACCGUGCAAUACAGAACACGAGCGCUGCCGUGCACAGCUGAGCACGUGUGCUAAUAUGCACAGAAGAACACGUAGGCUGCCGUGCUCAGCAGAAAACAAGCGCUCCGGUACACAUUGAGCAAUUGGUGUUGCCUUGCGAUUCCGUGCGCUGCAGUGCACUACAGAGAGCAACCUUGCACAGCAGUGCGCUGAUGUGCAAAGCAGUGCGUUGCCGUGCACAGCAGUGACCUGCCGUGCACAGCAGUGUGCUGCCGUGCACAUCAGUGAGCUGCCGUGCACAGCAGUGAGCUGAAGUGCACAGCAGUGAGCUUAGGUGCACAGCAGUGAGCUGCCAUGAACAACAGUGCGCUGCCGUGCACA